AUGCCGUCUACACGGCAGGAAUGGCUUGUUAUUUUCUUCACCGUUAUCUUUCAACUCUGUCCUGCUGUCAUGGCCCAGAACGAUAACAGUAGUUACGACCAUGACCCUAUCCUACAGUAUAGACCCGCGUUCGUCGAGUCCUUACCAGUCCAGAUCCUCCUGACAGGCGUGGUCCUCACGCUUGUCGUCGUUCUGCUUCUUCACCUACUUUUUACUGCUCAGUAUCACUGGCCCCUGGCUCGUGUCAAUUAUAUGCUGCAGCUCACCGGGGUGGUGACCUUACUCGCUUCCGUCACCGCCACUAUCUAUGUCGUGUUCUCCUCCAAUGUAGAGGAGAGUCAACAUUGGCCAUACAUGUUGAGCUAUCUAGCUGUGGACAUGCCACAGUAUGGCGUCGUCGUAACGGGGAAUACCUCAGAUCCUGCUGUGGUAUAUGCACACCGAUGGUCACUUGUCGAGGGCGCUACAUGGACCGUAAUGAAUGCGACUACAUCUAUGGUUAUACAGAUUACCCACAUUCAUUUUCUGACCUUACUGUUUCCCUCAAACCUCGAGGCAAGACUCAUUUUCGGCCUGCUUGGUCCGUUGGCCAUUAUCUCCGCUAUAAUGCAACUGCUCCCUAUCUUCUACGGGAUGAGCUCAAUCUCACUCGCGGAGGACACCCGCAAUGUGUGCAAUGCAGCUUUGUCACUGUUGUUCACUUCUGCACUAAUAAUCUGGGGCUUUUUUGUUAACCGCGAGGCGGCAUGGCGCACCGAUGGUGGGACAUCAGCGUUCGGUGCUGGCGCGAUCGUCCUCGCCCUCCUGUCGACCACGCUCAAUUUCAUCUACAUACCGAGUCAAGACCAAUAUGGAUGGAUGCCAAAACUUAUGUGGAGCGUGGUUAUGUGGCAAAGUUUCCUUGGAUGGUGGUGGUGGGUUGGUUCUGGGAUGGGCGUCGGCGAGGUAGAAGAGCUGCUGAUGAAGGAGGAGAAACGUGAGAGAAAGAGGAAACUGAGAGCACAGAAGAGGAAAGAACAACGGGAGAAAGCCAAGACCAUGUGGAAGGGUGUCACCGGUGCAUUCACAACGAAGCGCGAUCACUUUGAGAGCCGAAAUUCCAGCCAGGGGCACGAAGGACUUGAUAAUUCUGAACCAUUGGACGUUCUCACUUCUGACAAUGCCCUAUCAACUGCAGGUGCAACGGCACAGGGGUCGUCAAGGGGCAUGCUACCUCUACAAUUUGUAAACAGAUGGUACGCACGCUUGCGCCACGCGCAUCUUACUGCAGCGAGACUACAAGCUGUCGAGCGCGUGGAGCGCAUACAUCAAGUGUUUGGCCGUGAAGAGACCCGAAAUACGAUGCGGGAACCUGGUUCCCAGGUCGUCGGAUGGGGACUAGGUAGCUAUGGACUACGGGGCGUAGAGCGGGAUCGAAGGGAAGGACAGGGGCUACAAAUCACCAUUGAAGUGGACGAGGAUAUAGAUAAUCCAGGCAAAAUCGCAGAACCAGAAUCACUGCCGCAGGACCAGUUCUUUCGGCGGCGUGGCUACCAACCUGAACCUGGGCCCUCGCAACAUAAUAUACCUGCGCCAGAGACAGACUUUGGAUGGACAUCAUUUUGGUGGUGGGGGCCUCUUCGGCGGUGGCGUUUACGGGACUCCACGGCUUACAGGUGA